GAACAUAUGCAUACAUAUGUUAGUUUACUACUUACUGCCGCAACCAUGCAACCGUACAACUCGUCAUAGGAGAACAAAGAAGAAGAAGCAGAUUGUGGAAGUAGACGUGAAUAAGAAGUGGACGAAAUUAUUUCAUAGAGCCCAGCCCCAGUUAAAAAUUUCUGAUUUUAACAAAAAAAUAUUGCCAAUUUAGACGACAGCUGCGCAAAAACGCAAAGAAACAAGCUACACAAACAUGCAGACUAUCAAGUGUGUUGUUGUCGGCGAUGGUGCCGUGGGUAAAACUUGCUUACUCAUCUCUUACACGACCAAUAAAUUUCCUUCGGAGUAUGUGCCCACCGUAUUCGAUAAUUAUGCGGUGACAGUUAUGAUCGGCGGCGAGCCAUACACUCUGGGCCUAUUCGAUACGGCCGGACAGGAGGAUUACGAUCGCCUGCGUCCACUGUCUUAUCCACAAACAGACGUUUUUCUCGUCUGCUUCUCAGUAGUCAGUCCCAGUUCAUUUGAGAAUGUAAAGGAGAAGUGGGUACCGGAAAUCACGCACCAUUGUCAAAAAACACCCUUCCUAUUGGUUGGCACACAAAUCGAUUUGCGUGACGAGAGCAGCACUUUAGAGAAAUUGGCAAAGAACAAACAAAAGCCCAUUACCAUGGAACAAGGCGAGAAGCUGGCCAAGGAAUUGAAAGCAGUCAAAUAUGUGGAAUGCUCCGCUUUAACACAGAAAGGUUUGAAGAACGUUUUUGAUGAGGCCAUCUUAGCAGCGUUGGAGCCACCAGAACCAUCCAAGAAAAGGAAGUGCAAAUUCUUAUAAUUUUAUGUAUUUAUUUAUAAACGACAUUUCAAACAAAUAGCAAAAGCAAGAGAACUAACAAUAACAACAAAAUAAGCUUGCAAACGCGUAUGAAUUCAUUCUAUGCACAUGAAAAAAUAAAAAAAAAUAUAUAAGUUUUGUAAACGAUUUGUCGAGAAGAGUCAACAGCACUCAUUGUAGUGUGGAAACCGUAAAUUCGAGUGGCGGGAUUGGCGUGUGGGAAAAAUACAAUAACAAAAAUGUAUUGUUAGCGUCGAGCGCAAAAAAAUUAAGUAUUUGUAUUUUGGGAAUGAUAGGGUCUGUCUAUUUUGUACAAGUUGGUGGUAAUAUGAAUAAUAUGGCAACACAUACACACACAAAUAGCAAUAAAUAAGAUUUUUCUAAAACAAAACAAAAAACAACAAUAGUUAAUAUUGAAAUACGGCAGUAUAAAAUUAACGCGUUCGUUUUGGAUUUUUUCAAAUUACCGCAUAAAUAUGUAUACAUACGGCAAUAUAAAGAAAUAUAUAUAUUUAAAAAUAUAAAAUUAUUUAUAUGCGCAGCAUGCCAUUGAAGGUACAGUGCG